AUGUUGACGAAAGAGGUACUCGCUGCCAUAUUAUUCUUAAUGCUCGUCCAAUCAGGCGCUAGUUCCACUUCUUCUUCUGUAUCUGCUUCACCAUCUGUAACCAAUUCUUAUUCAAGCACCACUCCCGGUUCGUCUUCAAGUGCAAGCAAUUCGGCCUCUCCAAUGGGAUCCUCAUCUCAAACAUACACGCCCACUACAAGCACUGUCACCAACACUGUGACCAUCACGGUGACAAACACCGUUACUAGUGAUGUCACCAGUACCGUUACACAUAUUGUGAACCAGGCUAAUGGAAUGACCAUAUCACCAACAGCAGCUGGAACUUGGGGAGUGAGUCCUUCAUCUAUGUUAUCUGGUAUGUAUUACUAGUUGUCCAUUUUUUUUAGUAAAAUCCCAAAUAGGAUUGGCAUUAGCCGAUACUAUAGCGAGAUUAAUCUUCACGAGCCACGCGCGGGGCCACGUGAUUUCUAUCUACUUGGCUAUAGGUCAACUCUUGGAAUUUCUACAUCAGGCUCUUUAUUCCAAAAACAAACUUAAGACAAAUAAUCCAUUAAAAAGGCGUAAGGCGGAUACACACUCUCACCACCCUUAUUUUCUCUAUGCACAAAGAGGGUGAUUAACGAUUUUUAAAUGAAAGAGAUGCAGAAAAAGGCUUAGGCAGAAUUCGAAGGAAAUAUGCAUUUCCAUGCAUUUUCCUUUGUUUGAAAUAUUCAGGUUAACCUAGAGAUCCGAAAAAGAACAAGCAAGUUUUCACGUUGAAAUCGUCCUCUCAAAGUUGUAAUGAUAAUGUUCACAAUUUACAAUCACAAGAGAGCAAUACUGCAGUCAGAAACUGAUUUUCCUUUUUAUUAUUUUAAAGUUGUGUGGAACGAAUGGAAAACCGAAAAAGAGACCGACUGUAAAGAAAAGUGCUGUGACACAGGGGGCCUAGCUAUCAAACAAGUGAGGAAUUGUACAAUACACCAACCACGAUGUAACUUCACAGAAUGUAUGUAUUAUGGCCCAAUUGAACGGGAAAUCUCCUGUUACAUGGCUUGCAGCCACUGUAUGCCCAGUAAAGGUAAGAUAUUAUCAUAA